UCAUUUUUUCUUUUACCUCAGGCUGAAAAGGUAAUUGUGGUGUAUCCGAUGAGAUUUAAGGAUUCUAUAGACAUUGCUCUUGCAACUUCUUUUCUCCAGGAGUUUGUAGAAGCAAGACGAAGUUCUGGACUCAAUAGUGCCCCUCCUUGUUCAUGGUCUCCAUCUCCUCCUCAAGAGUUGAAGGGAGCUCCUAAUGAUGCAUUAUCAGCCAAUGCGGGAUUUGUUACUUUUGUAAUUUUCCCUCGGCAUGUAGAGGGGAAAAAGAUCGACCGUGUAAUUUGGAGCUUGUCAACAUUUCAUGCAUAUGUCAGUUAUCAUGUUAAGUGUUCAGAAGGUUUUAUGCACACACGGAUGCGACGUCGUGUUGAAUCUCUGAUUCAGGCACUUGAUCGUGCCAAGCCAGAUGUAAUCGAUACAAGUAAAAAAGCAAACAGCAGAUCCUUCAAACGGCUGGAUAGUGAUGGGAAUGCUGGGUGAUGAUGAAUUGUGGAAAUUUUGUAAUACCAGUUGCUGGGUGAGAACCACUCAGUUUUCUCCAUAAUUGCUGGAAAGGUAAUGUGGUUAUUCUAUUUUAUUUCUUUCAUUUAUAGGGCCAUCCUUGCUUCUUCUUUUUGGCUUUGACUGUGCUAUAUAUAAUUUAUACAUGUCAAAUCGAAGUCGCAAUAUUUAAUUUACCCUCCAAUGAUAACUUUAUUACCUUUAAUAAAUUUACUUAGUUUAAGUUUA